AUGAUCUACAUAGAAGCAGAGAUACGUCGAGUGCGACUAUUCCUGCGUGACUGUGGCCAUCGAAUUCGGCGUUUCUGCGUCGAAUCGAUGCGAAUAGACUGUCGAAGGAUUGCCCAAUUAUUUGCAGCACUUUUCAGAAUCGAUGGGCCGGCAUUGAACAGCGAUGAAGCCAUGAUUCUCAAUGAGGUUCCAUUACGAUCCCGAUGGAAGCCACCAAAGUACACGUUUAAUGAAUUGCAAUUGUGGCUACCAUACUAUGAACGAGAAGUUGAAGACGGUGUGGUUCACGCUUACACAAUUCGUUCACCAGCUUGGGAUCGACUACCGUCACCGGUAUUGUCACAACACGACAGUGAAUCAGAUUUGAAAGAUUUUCAGUUAUUUAACUGUCCAAUGAAAAUGGCUGUUCCCACGGAAGAUGAAGACGAGCGAUUCUCUUUACCGAGUACUAUGGCGACUGACCAAGAAUUGAAAAUACAAUCGUUAGAGGCACAGCUCGCGUUACUGUCGAAGCAAAUGCAAACACUGUUGGCGGGAAAGGUACCGCCUCCUGUCGCGCCCGCGGAAUCGUCCGAUUCGUCUCCGCUUCUUUCGGAUGAUGAGGGCAAAGGAGCGUCGUUGUGCAGUCCAACUGAUACGGUGUCCUUCCCCGCUGGAAGUCGCGGCGGCAUAGCUCCAUCAAGAUCAGGAGUUCCCCCGCCGCCACCACCACCACCUCCCCCAUCGUUGUUGUCGACGAGCACGACUUCGGUCAGUAGAGCGAAUACGCCUUCCUCCAAGCGAACCGUGCUGCAAAUGUUGAAUAAGUCGACGAAAGUUGAACAUGACACCCUUCCUGUUCGACCAAGUGCUACUGAGCUUUUGACAGUACAGCUAAGGAAGACCGACACCGUCAGGCAAGGCAACUACCUAGCGAAUGCGCUACGUGAAAAGUUCCGCUCUAUGCAGGAUACUCUAUCGGAACAUGAAGAUGAUGUAAAUUCAAGCUGGAUUGAAGAUGAUCUAUAA